CUCAACACCGAUAUCAUUACCCGCACACUUGUACAAAUCCUCUCGAACCACGCUUCACCGCCAGAAUUCCCUGCCUAAUAUCUCUCCGCUUUGUUAGGCAUGUUGGCCGUUUCUUGAGGAGGAAGAUGCCGCGCAGUUCGCAGUCUCCCGAUGGGGGUCUCGCUGCGAGAACAGGGUGGAUUGGGUCUCUUGCUAGAUUUUGGCAGAAGACAUACGCGCCGGAUUACCUGGGUUUCACGCUCUUGAUGGUUGCAUAUUUCUCGAUCCAAUUCUUCGUCGAGCCCUUCCACCGAAUGUUCUUCAUAAAUAACAUCAAUAUACUCUAUCCGCAUGCGCUGCAGGAGAGAGUCCCAGUGUUAUGGAACAUCUUCUAUGCGGGGGUGGUGCCGUUUAUUUGCUUGGUAAUUUGGUUGGCCAUUGCAAGGGCAAACAUACAUAAAUUCCAUGUUACAAUACUAGGACUGCUUAUAAGCAUUUUUCUUACAACAUUCAUCACCGAUGUGGUCAAGAACGCAGUUGGACGGCCCCGACCCGACUUGAUAUCUCGGUGCAAACCAGCGAAUACAACCCCCAAAGACGUACUAGUCGACAUUUCGGUUUGUACAGAGACAGAUCACCAUACUUUGCAUGACGGAUGGAGGAGUUUUCCUUCGGGGCAUUCGAGUUUUGCGUUUAGUGGGCUGGGAUUUCUUGCUCUGUUCUUUGCGGGGCAGAUGCAUGUUUUCCGCCCAAGGACGGAUCUUACGAGGGCUUUACUUACCAUUUCACCGCUGAUCGGUGCUGCGUUAAUUGCGAUUAGUCGAUGUGAAGAUUAUCGCCACGACGUUUACGACGUAACCUGUGGCUCGAUCCUCGGCAUGAGCACCGCAUAUUUCUCCUACAGAAGGUACUACCCUCGACUACACUCACCCAAAUGCGAUGAACCAUUCCCAUCAAGAGAAUCUAGUUUCAACGAAGGAUUUGCGAAGAUAAAGAACGACGAAGAGGCAGUUCGAGGUCCAGAGGACUUCGUGUUGAGCGAAGACGAGCAUGAGCACUAGGAUACGAUAACAGAAUAUAUGCAUGAAUUGGAGUACAUACUUUGGAUGUCAAGUUAGCGAGGAAAGUACAAUACCUCUUUGAUCAAUUCAUGAAUUCUUUGUUGUUUGAUGUAUAUCCGUUUUAGGUAGUCGUGUAUUUUCUUUGUUAAAAAUCGUCGGUUUGCAUACUCGUCGGGAACAGCUCUUUAUUCUCAGAUUCACGACCAUGCCCUCUGUCUUCGCCCGAAUUGGACUCACAUUCUAC